AUGAGGCAACAAUUUGUGUCAUGGAGCCACGUCUUGGAGGCCACCAGCUACGGAAGCCCCUGCCAUCAGAAAAAUUAUUUUCCUGAUCCAUAUAGAAGCUUGUGGUUUGCUGACACACCGCCUUCCGAAGACUGUCUCUUCCUCAAUAUCUGGGUCCCUCACCCACGGCCAGCAAGCCCAGUGCCUGUCCUGGUCUGGAUUCAUGGGGGAGGAUUCUUUGCUGGGGCCAGUUCUCUGGAAUUGUACAACGGGGCCUUUUUAGCUGCCACUGAGAAGGUCAUUGUGGCUUCCAUGAAUUACCGUUUGGGCCUUCAGGGCUUCCUCUUCUUCCCGCCACAUUUCCCAGGAAACAUGGGCUUGUGGGACCAACAUUUGGCUCUGAAAUGGGUGAAGGAAAAUGCCGCCAUCUUUGGUGGUGAUCCUGCUCGGGUGACACUCAUUGGUCAUAGUGCUGGGGGAGCAUCUGUGGGCUUCCAUCUCCUUUCCCCAGCGAGCAAACCCCUUUUUGCCCAAGCAGUGCUGCAGAGCGGUACUCCCAAUUCUUGCUGGGCUUUGCGAUCUCCUCAGGAAGCCACAGAGUCUGCACAGGCUUUCUUGGAAAACCUAGCAUGCGAUCCAAAAAAUCGCAGUGCGGUGGUGAGCUGCCUACAGGGCAUAGAUGCUGGGGAUGAUGUGCUUUAUAAUGUGGAUGCUCUCUUCAAACCUGUCCCAGAUGGGGACUUUCUUCCUGAUGAACCAAAGAAACUUCUACAGACUGGGCAGAUACAGACUAAACCACUGCUCUUUGGAGUCACUGGCAAUGAUGGGUCUACCUUUGUAUUGUCUCCUGGUGCUCCAACAGAUGGAAUACUUACUUGGGAGGAACAACUGCGAGAAACAGAGUUGGCAUUGAACGGGGAAUCUGAACCUGAAGCAGUCAAGGCUAUAGCACUGAAAUACAGUGAAGAUGGCCAUGGGCCAGAACAGUACCGUAGGGCCUUGGCCCAGUUUUACAAAGAUUAUUUCUUUUUGUGCCCACUGAUGGAUUUUGCUGCAAGCAUGGCAACAUCUGGAAGUCCUAUAUAUGGCUACUCCUUUAACCAAUACGUCUCUGGCUCCGUUUGGCAAGAGUGGAUGGGUGCAGCCCAUGGCGCUGAGGUGCCUUACCUGUUUGGAACUCUGUCAUCCCUGCCAGGGAGAAACCAAACAAACACGGAAGCAGAUGCUGGACUGAGCCACAGGGUGAUGCAGUACUGGGCAGAGUUUGCCCGAAGUGGGAAACCCACUGGAUCCACCCCAGAUGAUGUGCAGUGGCCGCUCUACAAUGCCACAGAGCAGAACUUCUUCCACAUCAGUACAGAAGCACCUCAGGUCAUGCAGGUGUCACCUGCCCACCACUGCAGUUUUUUGGCAACCCAUCUGUUCAAUACAACACAGAGAAAUUUGCGGGGACACUGAUUGAAGGGACAUUGUUCCAUGUGGCCAGCAUGCUUUGGAAGUGAAGAAGAGCAGGACUUAUCGUAAUCUCCGGCGCCUGAGAAUUCCAAGUUCGUGGUUCUGAAGUACAGCGGGAUCAAAACAAAACAAAAUAAUUACCUGGAUCAAUGCCGUCACUGUGGGCAUAUUGAACUGUUUCUUCAGAAAAUAAAGGGGCA